GCUAGCUGUAGUCAUUCAUCGCGUUAGAACGUCGAAGAGCGAUGUUUGUGGAAUAUAAUGUGCAUAUUUCGAGGUUAGAGGUCGCCAGAGCGACUGCUACCGGAGCUUCGGAAAACCUGGCGAGAAAUACACUGUGAUCGGGUUCACUGAAGGAAUGAGAGCAGAGGAACUGGCCUGGCUUGUGUGUGAGAUCAUGGUGCCAUAGCAUGAGUCUAGCUUGCCAUAUAAACAAAGUGUGUUCUGCCUAAGCAGGAAGCUCUACCUUCAUCAUUGGUCGAAUCCUCCCUGACACAAUGUCACUAUCCGCACUGUCACUUAGAAUUAGACUCUCCUGCUGUACCCAAAGGAGCAGCACAUAUAUUCUAUUGAAAUGGAAGCAUGUUGCAGUACAGUGUCAAAGAUGCCCACUCAGACUCUGUAAAUUACAAAUCCUGCCAAAAAUAGCUAUGAUUUGUUGGGGUAUAAAACAUGUGACAACUACAGCCUUAUGUGACAAACUAACUCCCACAGAAUUAGCAGGUGGAAUUGCUGUGAAUUAUGGAGCAGAUUUUGGUAACCGUAAUCCCUCUGACAGUAUACUGAAAAAAAUAAAUGUUGUCAUUUGCUUGAGUAUUCGGGCUUGCAUUCUCAUAUUGAAAUUUGGGCCACUUGUAGUAUUCUAUCCAUUAACUUUCCUAUCUGCCACUCUUUCCUCACUUUGGCUACGAAUUUUGCUGAAAGCUACAGAAACUUCAGGUCCAGCAUGUAUUAAACUUGGCCAGUGGGCUAGCACUCGCCGUGACAUUUUUUCUGAAGAGUUUUGUGCACUGUUUUCCAAACUUCAUGUCAAAGUGACUCCCCAUCCAUGGGAUUACACAGAGCGUUGCCUGCAGAGGGCAUUUGGGAAUGACUGGAGGCAUCUUCUUAAGUUCCAGAGCACAGAUCCUGUUGGUUCAGGGUGUGUUGCCCAAGUCUAUAAGGCCUACGCAGACCUGUCCAGAUUCCAUAACGUGGACAUUGAAACUCCUAUUGAGAGUUCAGAUCCAAACUCUGCUUUUGAAGCCUGGGAGGUUUCAGGACUAGCUGGGAUUUUACAACAUUUUUGGAAAUGGAAGCAUCCUCACAAAGAAGAUGAAAAAGAGAGAGUCUGUGUGGAGGGGGCUUUUGAUAUCAACCAUGAACUCACUGGUUCACUCAGUGAAGAUUCAGAAGAACAUAAUUUAACACCAGUUGCUAUAAAAGUCCUGCAUCCUGGACUAAGCCAGCGUGUUGGAAUGGAUCUUCUUCUCAUGAAGAAAUUUAGCUAUUUGCUGGGGUUGAUCCCUGGAUUUAAGUGGCUAAGUUUGACCGAGAUUGUGGAGGAGUUUGAGAAGUUGAUGACCCAACAAAUGGACCUGCGGUAUGAAGCCAGAAAUUUGGAGCUUUUCCAGCAAAAGUUUGAGAGAGUGGGUUAUAUAAAGUUUCCCAGCCCUCUUCGACCGCUCGUUACCAGAAAUAUCUUGGUCGAAACAUAUGAGGAAGGAGAAUCUCUGUCUGUCUACCUGCAACAUGGUGAGCCGUCUCUGCUCAAAAAGAGGAUUGCUGAAAUGGGGGUGGAUAUGCUUCUAAAAAUGGUAUUUCUGGAUAAUUUUGUCCAUGCUGACCUGCACCCUGGUAACAUUUUAGUGCAAGGAGCAGAACAAUUCAAUAUGAGCCACAUGGACCAAACCACAUUAGUAGACAUGUGUGACACGCUGGUUGUUGAUGUUCGUCCCAGCCGCUGCCCUCUCCGACUUGUAUUGUUGGACACUGGGAUUGUGGCUAAGCUGACAGAAAAUGAUCUUCAGAAUUUCCAUGCUGUUUUCACUGCAGUUAUACUGGGACAGGGUGAUAAAGUUGGCGAGUUGAUCCUACAUCAUGCAAGAGCCAAUCAAUGCAGCGAUGUGGAAGGGUUCAAGUUGCAGAUGGCUGAAUUGGUGAAUGAUGCCAGGAACAAUACAAUCACUCUGGGAAAACUUCAAGUUGCAGUUUUGCUUUCUCGUGUUUUCCGACUUCUGAUGACACACAAGGUAAAGCUGGAAAGCAACUUUGCAUCUAUCAUAUUUGCCAUUUUGGUUUUAGAAGGGCUUGGACGGUCUUUAAAUCCAGAAAUUGAUAUUUUGGAAGCAGCAAGACCGUUGCUAAUUAAAAAUGCAACUUCUCUUAUUUAGAAAUUUAGUUUUCUUGUGUCAAUUGUAACCAGGAGAGAAAAUGUGCAUGUACUUUUAACAGGAAUGGAAGUUUUCAAUUGGGCAUUUGAACAUUUUUAAUACAUGUAUUUGUGAGAAACUAUUGUGAAUGAUGUGUUAGUCUGGUGCUACUUGACCAAGCAUUUGUUGUGCUGUUUUAUGUUCUUUCCUGGGAAAUCUGCUUUACCAGUUGCAGAGUCCCAUUAACCCUUUGUGGUCCUAUGUUGGAAUAUUUCCGACAAAAUUGUUUACCUCUUGCCGUCCAAUGGUGGAUUUUCCCUGGAGAGUACCGCUCAUGGGCUACCUAGCUAAGCACUUUGUAUAAAAGAGCUUCAAUUGCUAUAUCUAAGCUUACAGGCAGGGCCCUCUCUACCUUUUGUAUUUGUCUGUGUAUAUUGUAUGUUCUUGUAAAGCUGCGGAAUUUGUUGGCGCCUUAUAAAUACCAGUAAUAAAUAAAUAUGGGUGUAUUGCAUGUGCGCGAUGCGCACAGGCUGGGAAGGCCUGGCACUGAGGAUUGGCGGGACUCUCCAGGGGAAAUCCAAAAUUGGACCGCAAGAGGUAAAAUAUUUUGUUUAAUAUAUUCCGACAUAGGGCAGCAAAGGGUUAAUAUGGCUUAAACGGCUGCUUUAGUGACUGGCAAUUGUGUACCAAUCACUGACUUCUUGGCUGGAAAACAAUUUGAAGACCCAUAUGGGCCUACACAGACUGUGAGACACAAUGUCAUUCCAUUCUGCCAACAUUGAAGAUUACGGGAAUGUUGGUGGGAGACACUGCUCUUUCAGGAUCUCACAGGAUUAAAAAUUCUAAACAGAUUACUAUUAUGUGUUCUGUGUA